UCUUUACUUGGUCAAAACUCCUGUUGAAGUCAAUGAGUUUUGCCUGUUUAAGAAAUGAGGAAGGCAAGAUUUGGUUUUCUAUGCUUACUGUGAAUCAAUAAGGGCCAGAUUCUGCCUAUCUCUUAUGUGGGUGCACAGUGUUGGAUGACUCAGGGACUGCUUCCUCCAAAUUCCUUUGGAGGUGCACAAUGAGCUGAUGGAGAACAGGACAUUGGCUUCCCUCCACACUGACCAAUUGAGCUGGCUGACUGUGUGGGGUUGGAGGAAUCUGUACCUCAAAAAGGGGCAUGGUAGCGUGCACACAGCCUCUGCCUUGGGGAGAGUAUUUCUUGCUGUUCCUUCUGGAGUACUGUGGCUAAGCACCACUCCUUACUAUGGACUGUACCUACAUGGCAUAACUGAGUCCUUGCUAUUUAAGGGGCAGUGUGAUUGCUUAUUUCUGCUAUUUGUCAUUAAACACUGGUGGUAUCAGAAUGAUAAUCAUGAGCUGGACAUAAAUGCAUAACCUCAGCACAGCAUGGCUUCUGCCAUUACUGCAUUUAGCAGAUGACUGCUGGAAAAAAAUAAUGCAAACUAUGUAGGCUUGUAAACCUACACAAUACUUUGAUGCAUAGAGUGGUAUCCUAAAUGCAGUAAUGGCAGAAACAGGACUUUGCUCUGUUUAAAAAAAACAAACCAACCAAAAACCAACCCACCACCCAUAAAAACCCAUCUCACUCAAACAUUCCUUGUGGUGCCAAAAACUGUAGGUUCCGAUUUCCUUACCCAAUGAGUAAUAGUAGUUUAUAGGUAUGGACUGUUCCAAGUAAAACCAAAGCAGGGAGAAACCCCCUCAGCCCAAGGUGCUUUUUUAAAAAAAAGUAGAAUUACAGAACUACAGAAAUAGAUGUUAUGAAGCAGGUUCAGUUUCUAGCAGCUUGAUCUUUGCCUUUGUGCGCAGUUGGCUUUGUGUGCAUUGAUGUCUUUUUGGUAAUUAUAGUUCUGAUGACACUCCAUAUUCAUGAUGACACUCCAUAUCAGUUUCAUCGCAACAUGAAAUGUUGCUUUUUUUUAUGAGUUUAACCCAGAAUUGAAAAGGCUAGACAUUUCUCACAAUGGGACAUGGAUAACCUUGCAGAUUAGCUACUGAUCCUAUCUCAGUGCUUGUCUCUCUUUUUAGGCAGACAAGGGUUUCCCUCAACAAGCUGACGACAGAAUAAUUUUUCCAGGUUGAUUGCUCACCCCACAUGGACCUCUUGAGAUAUUUGUACAGAAGAAAAAUGGAGAUCAAAACCCAGGGAAAUAAAAAGAGAGAGAGAGAAAUUCAGGGUUGAAAAAGCUACCAUAAAGAACCUGCUCCGGUUUCAGUCUGGUGAUGAACAGACUUGUUAAGAAUUCUAAGACCUGUCAAAUUUUCCCAUCCUAAAUCCAGGCAUAUUUUUAAAAGAAUUUUCAUAAUGAGUGUCUCUUUUCCCCCAUCUGAAGGGUCGGAGUAUUUUCUGAAAAAGUUCUGCAGGGCAGAGAAGUCAAACACUUAUUCACAUGCAGCAGUACAGGAUAGAUGGAGUACAGUUGACUUCACAGCUACAGGGGAUUUGGUUUUGCAAUGGAACGAAUAUGGUUACUGCUCCUCCUGACAAUUCAGGUGCUUUCGGUGAAUGCACAGUUCAAUGGAUAUAACUGUGAGGCCAACCUACAUAGCAGGUUUCCUGCUGAACGAGAUAUCAGUAUCUACUGUGGAGUACAGGCAAUUACUAUGAAGAUUAAUUUUUGCACAGUUCUUUUUUCUGGUUAUUCUGAAACAGAUUUGGCCCUGAAUGGGAAACAUGGGGACGCUCACUGCAAGGGGUUUAUAAAUAACAACACCUUUCCAGCAGUGGUCAUCUUCAUCAUCAAUCUCAGCACUUUGGAGUCCUGUGGAAGCACUUUAGUGGUAUCCUCAGGUCCAGGCAUCAAUGCAUAUGGGAAUGUAUCAGUGGUACAGAUAGGUAACGUUUCAGGCUACAUAGAUACGCCAGAUCCACCAACAAUCAUCAGCUACUUACCAGGGCUUCUGUACAAAUUUAGCUGUAGCUAUCCAUUGGAAUACUUGGUCAACAAUACACAAUUGGCUUCGUCAUCAGCUGCUAUUUCUGUAAGAGAGAACAAUGGGACAUUUAUCAGCACUCUGAGUUUGCUGCUUUACAAUGACUCAACCUACAGCCAGCUGCUGGUUAUCCCCAGUAUAGGUUUACCUUUGAAAACAAAAAUAUAUGCAGCAGUGCGAGCAACCAACCUAGAUGGCAGAUGGAAUGUUUUGAUGGACUAUUGUUACACCACUCCAUCUGGUAAUCCCAAUGAUGAGCUUCGAUACGAUCUCUUCUUUAGCUGCAACAAGGACCCACAGACAACUGUAAUUGAGAAUGGCAAGAGUCAGAUGGGUCGGUUUUCCUUUGAGGUGUUCCGCUUUGUAAAGCACAAGAACCAGAAGAUGUCUACAGUCUUCCUCCAUUGUGUGACAAAGCUGUGCAGAACAGAUGAUUGCCCCUUUCUUGCACCUAUUUGCAGUAACAGAGAAAGAAGAGAUGCUGUUAAGAGAACAACUUGGAGCCCUCAGAGCAUCUCUGGAAAUGCUGUAAUAUCUGCUGGACCCAUCAUUACAAGGAGCGAUGAGACACCAACCAACAAUUCACAGCUAGCUCAUCCAAAUGGACCUCCUUUCCAGCUGAACUCAGUCACCAGUGCACUGAUUUCAGGAAUAGUCAUUCUAGGGAUUAUGAGCAUUUUCUUUUUCGUAUGUUCCCUCACCCUCCUGCGCAGGAAAUGGCCCAGCAGUUCAGUUUUGGGUGGCAUACGAAACCCAGUUUUCAACUAAAAGGAACAAUUAAUUUGCACUGGUUUUGGGGGUGGGAGAUUGCCUUCGUUGUCCAUGAAAUAUACUUAUGUUUUAAAUUUACCAAGGCAACAUUCUGCCUGUAUCAAAUUUCAGCUAGUAUUAUUUGUAGUGUUGUAGACUUUAUUGUAUAGCUAAACAGUCAUAGUGAUGGCAAGAAUCCUACGUAAUUCUUCUCAUUUGUGUUUGUGAUCAGACUAUUGAACAUUUUGCCUGUGGGUGUACUGACAAUAAAAUUGGUGUCCUACUGUCCUACUGUCAACCAGGGUCUUAAAAUUUAAAGAUGCUUAAGAUAAAACACCUUUAAAUACACCAUUAUUAAACCAGAUCUGGCCAACCUGCCACAUUCAUAUUUAACCACUGCCUUUGAUAAAGACUGCCUCUACUUUUACCUUUUUUGUGUAUUUUCCUACUUUAUUGUGGGAGCUUAUCGAGCAAAUUAUUGUAGCUCAGAACCUACAUUUUUAUUGUCUAUCUGGACUAAAAAUAACUGCAGAAAGAAUCAAAAUAAGUGGAUGGUGAUUAUCAUUCAUGUGGAAAUGGGGUCAUAUGACACAGUAGGCAGAAGUCUGCUUUGUCUUCUAAUUCCAUUGAAUUCAGUGGGAUUGAACACAGUGUAAGGAGAGUCAAAAUUUGGCAUGGUAUCUGCCUGUCAAAUUGUUUAGUGCUGAAAAUCCAAAGCCAUUCCCUGGGCACAAUCCUGUCAUUCACUCAGACAAAAAACUCUCACAGGGAAGUCUUUGACAACUUUAACAGAAGCUUGCCUGCAACAUCUGUUGUUCAAUUUUUGCUAAGCCUUACUUAAAUGCAGUCAGCACUGCUAUUGCCUUGAGUUAAACUCUGCUGUCAUGGACAUCCUAGGGUGGAAAGAAUUUAUUCCUUUAUUUCUAAAACAAAACAACCCUCCCACCCCCCGAACAACAACAAAAAAAAACCCAACACUUUUCCAGCCAAAAGGAUGUUUUAGGGCCAAAUUCUGCAGUUUGAGCAAAAACUCCACUGAAGUAAUUUGAAAGGACCAAUUCUGUCAUAUCAGUUGCACAGUUCAAAAAAUAAGAUGGUCUUUCCACCCAGAGCUUUCCACAGAGUGAUGCUUCCCUUUUUUGCUGUUUUCCCUAUGAGCUAGACUUCCUUCCUGUUUGGGGAAAAUCCUUGCAAGAACAGGCCACAUGCCUUACCAGACUCUCAGCUCCAGCUAAUCUGAUAAACCUCAGAUCAUCUGAAUUAAGUGUGAAUUAUCAUGUGUCCCUUUCAAUAGGUGUCUAUGAAUAGGGAUUUAGGUACAUCUAUCCAGGAAUCUGGAAGAGGAUAUUGGUACUGAUAACAAGCGUGGCAAUGGUAGAUACAGUAUAUAUAUUAAUUUGAUUGCUAAACAGUUAGUUAGGAUUUGGGUCUAGGCUCAGUAAGUAAACUCUGAACUUCAUUUACCAUGUACUGUACAUAUUGGCUCAGCAGCACCUCAUUGUUAUUUAUCACUUUUUCCCAUAUUAAUCAUGUGUGUGCUUUCUGUGAUGCGACAGAAAUGGUUAAUGUUCGGGUCUCUGAAUCUCAAGACUAAAUGCAAAUACAGACAUGUCAUAUCACUCUUCUCUGAUCUAGACUAUGCUGUAUAAAGGCCUGUUCCGAAAUUAUCCAGCCUGUUGUAGUGUAGGGUCUUUAACAACAACACUGUGCAUGUUUUCCUCCAGUCUUAAUACCUCAGAAACAAUUUUUUGCACUUCAGGGGUUAGGUCUGAUGACAUGUAAAACAUGAUUGUUUAAUAAAAUAAACUGAAAAAUAUCAGAAGAAAUAUUUGUCUGAAUGUCUUUCUUAGAGGCAACAUGUAGGAGGGGACAUGGUGGGGGUCAAAUGUCCCCAAAGAUUGGCCUACUGGGAGUGGGGAGGGAGAGGGGCUCUAUCCUUUCCCUGCCCCUCCUCCCUGGCAUGCUCUGCUUCUGUCCCCGGCAGCCGAGCCUGGGCAGAGAGAGGGCCGCCGCUGCCUCCCCGCCAGGCUCUCUCAGGCAGAUGCGGCUUCGUCCCAUUCCCUGCCCAGCUGCCAAGGAGAGCGGCCAAACAUGCAGGGAGGAGGCAUAGGGAGAGAAGGCUGGAACCCCCCCUGCAGUUAAUGUGGGCGGGGAGAGCGCGGUGGCCCGGGAUGGGCACAGGGCAGUGAGGUCACUGGGCAUAGGAGACACGUGAGUGAUCACAUGUCCUCCCCUUUAGAUUGUUCCCCUCCAAUAUGGGGAGGCACCAGUCGGCUAUGGUUAUUAUCUUGAUUCUGUUUCAAAUUAAAAUACUUAAUCCUACAGAGGUGAAAAUUGGGAUCACAUGUUUAAUCCUAGUAAAUUUCUUGUAUUGUGACUAGAACUGGGUGAAAUUUUUUUUAUUUUAUUUAUUUAUUUAUUUAUUUAUUUAUUUGGGCUGAAUAGUUUAUUUGCCUAAAAAUGGGAACUGUUCAUGAAUUCUCAUCAAUUCAUCUAAUAAUUUCUGCGGAAAAGUGUGGGGAGGAAUGCAAGAAAAAAAAGUCAAAAUGUUCAUUUUGAUAUGUUAAAAAUUAAAUAUUUUGACUUUUUGUUUUGAAAUUUAGCUAGAUUUCAUUAAAGAAAAGUGGUUAAAAAACCAUCUCAGAAUGAAACGUUUAGUUUUGGGCAGAAAUAAAUGUUUUGUUCAACCCCCAAAUUUUUUUGUGUGGGUUGUUUUUGUUUUUGUAAGAAUAACAGAAACAUUGUUUCAGGGCAACCUGAAAUGAUUUUUUUCAGAUACUUUGAUUUGGCCACUAAAUCAAAAAAACAUUUUACUGGCUGAGCUCUAACUAUGACUUAAUCUAAACAAACAUCAGAUAGUCAUAGUGAAUCUAAGGGGAGUAGGGAGAAACUUGAAAUUUGCAAGAAAUGAGUGAGAUUCAGAUUUCAACACUUAUCAUGAUUCAUAGAUUUAUUUUUUUAAGGCCAGAAGAAACCACUGUGAUAGUUUAAUCAGACUUCCUGUAUAAUGUAGGCCAUAGGACUUCCAUGAAUUAAUUCCUGCCUCAAAUCUAAUAGCUGGGGUUGAAGAAGAACAUCUCAUCUAGAAAAGAUCCAGUCUUCAUUUAAAGAU